AUGGAUAUUAAGACCUUGUUAUAUAAUCUUCACGAAGAAGUAUCCUGUUCUGUGUGCAUGUGCAUGUUUACUACACCAAAGCAGUUGCCUUGCUUGCACAGUUUCUGCCUCAACUGUCUGAAUGGGAUUCAAAGAACAAGCGGCAUCCAUGGUAAAAUUACAUGUCCUGAGUGCAGGAAACAGUUUGACAUCCCUGGAAGUGGAAACCCCAGCGGAUUUCCCACAAACUUUCGCAUUAACAGAUUGCUAGAUGUUUUGGCGAUCAAAGAGUGCAACACCGCCGGCGUGAAAUGUGGAAAUUGCGACAAGCGAAGAGCCGAAACUUUGUAUUGCUUUCAAUGUUGUUCUUUCUGGUGUGCAGAAUGUAUUUCAGCUCACAACAUCAUCCGAGCAAACAAACAGCACAAGACACUUGCCUUGAAAGACUUCCAAGAUCAAGAUAUCGAGGCGGUGUUAAAGCGACCUGCCUUUUGCCAGACGAAGAACCACGAAAACAAAGAGUUAGAGUUCUUUUGCAAGGUGUGUCAAGUCGCCAUUUGUAACGCUUGUGCUGUCACAGAACAUGAAGGACAUGCGAAGGUGAUUCUGGAAACAGAAGCAAAUGAGAAGAAACUACAAAUCGUGUCUCGCAUUAAAUCACUGAAAGAUAUAGAACAAGAAAAGAGAAAUCAAGUUGAGAAAAUCGAGCAAGACAGUAUUGAAGUUCAAGUGCAAGUGGCUGACGUGAAAAGCAAAAUACAGAACAGCGUGGAACAAAUAAUUGCCGUCAUCGAAGCGAAGAAACAGGAUAUUUUUAAUGCUGCUGACAAAGAAGCAAACGACUGCCUCAAAGGACUCGCAUUGAAGAAAGACCAAAUUGAAGAUGAGCUGAAAAAGAUUCAAUCUGCAAUCAACCGAGCUGAGACUUUGUUGGAACAAAGCUCCAACACUGAAAUUUUACGAUUGAGUACAACAUUUGUUACAAUCCUUCAAGAACAUGGCGUACAAGUUAACUUUGACUCUAGCAUUCCCCGUUUUAGCUAUAUUGACAAUGUAAAUCUUAUCAACAUAUUGAAGACUGAAGGUAUAGGUAAUGUUAAAACUGCUUUCAAUGGAACUAAAGCGCAACAAGCUCAAGCAAAGUGUUUCAGACCUGUGCUGUCUUUCGGAGAGGAAGGCAAGUCUGUUGGAAAGCUUCAAACACCCUGGGGGGUGGCAGUGAAUGAUCGUGACGAAAUAGCAGUCACUGAUAACAGCAGAGUGUCAGUAUUCAGUAGUGAUGGUACCCACUUAAGAUCAUUUGGUAAGGCGGGUAGUAAUAAUGGUGAAUUUAACUGGCUUCGAGGGGUCACGUUUGAUAAACAUGGCAAUAUUAUCGUGGCAGACUCUGGUAACCACAGGAUCCAAGUACUCAGUAGAAAGGGCAAGUUUCUUAGUAAGUUUGGUGAAAAGGGAAGUCAAGAUCACCAACUCAGAGGUCCUGAAGGUGUAUCAUUAACUAGUGACGGUGAUAUUAUUGUUGUUGAUCGUUUUAUUAAUGAAAUAUUGAUCAAGAUAUUUUCCCCUAAUGGAGAAUGCAUAUUUGAAUUUGGCAGUAAAGGUUCCUUGCUUGAUCCCUGGCACUGUAUCCAACAGGGAGAAUAUUAUAUAGUUUCAGACUUGGGUGAUCAUUGCAUCAAAAUGUUCGACCUUAAGGGUAACUUUAUAUUUAAAUUUGGAAUGAAGGGGAACAAGGAUGGAGAGUUCAAUAACCCUACCUUCUUGUCAGUUAACAAAGAAGGCUUGCUAAUGGUUUGUGAUAACGGUAACCACAGAGUCCAGGUAUUUGACCUGAGCGGGAAUUUUGUCACAAAGUUUGGAAGUAGAGGUAGUAGGGCAGGAGAGUUUAAGUUUCCAAUCGCUACAGCAAGUCUUGGUGAUGGAAGAGUGGUUGUGUCUGACAGUCGUAACAACAGAAUCCAAGUGUUUGAUCAGAUGUGA